CAAGGUUUUCAUGAGUGGUAUCCACACCUACAGUACUGCACGUUUAUAAAUCUUACAAUAACAAUCAACAUUUCAAAAAGGUGGCUACACCACACAGAAGACGGACCAGAUACGAAAAAAAGAUAUACAUACGUUCAAACCAUGGAUAAAAAUGACACCUGUUCUCAACCAUUCGACAUUCAUAAGUGGGUGCCGGUGACCAUCCUGAUUUCUUGUGUUCUGUCGGUGAUCGGAUCAUUGUUAAUCAUCUGUACCUUCAUAAUUUGGCGGGAUCUACGAACGAAGGCACGCAAGUUACUAGUCUACCUCUCCAUUACGAACUUCCUUGCCUCAGUUGGUUAUGCUUACGGCAUAUCUAAUAAUUUACUUAAAUCUAAUUUUUUUAAUUCUACGGAAUGCGAAGUGCAGAGCGGCAUCACCACCUUCUCAGAGACCAGCUCUUAUUUGUGGACGGUGGCAAUAGCGACCUACAUCUACGCAUCAAUAGUUAAGUCCUGUAGAAUGGUUUUGGAUUGGUUAAUUCGAAUAUUCCAUUUAGUUUGCUGGGGGGUUCCACUUGUCACAGUGGUUGUAGCAGUGAACUUCAAAGUUCUAGGGUAUGAUAAUUCAUGCACCACCGCAGGUUGGUGCUGGAUUCACAAUUUUUCCCCUAAACACAAAUUUGAGUGGAUGAUGUGGAGGCUGAUUGGUGGAAAAUUUUGGGAAAUGGCAGCUUACUUUGUUCUUCUGAUUCUUUACUUCCAGAUCAACAAAUGUAUGUGUUACCAGAAUCAGGUCGCAGACAUUUCCAAUCAAAGAAGUGUAUCAGCAGCUGCAGAUAGGAUUGAUCAUAAGUUGACAGCUAUUCCUACUAUAUUUCUAUUGCUAAAUAUAUGGAGUACAUUAAGGUUUAUAUUGACAUUGUGCCAUAAGAAUGUCUCCAAUCCAGUCCUUUUUCUUUUGCAUGGUGUUGGCGAUAGCUUCCAGGGCGCAGCAAACUGCAUUAUAUUCUGUUUCUGUAAUGACAUAAUCAGGCGCCGUUUCAUGCAAAGCUGUGGAAAUUUGUUUAGAGGGCCGUGUUGUUAUGAAAGAACUGAACGAACUCAACGAUUGCUCGCAGAUUAAGCUUGCUGUUUUGCAUAUUGGCCUAAAGCAAUUAAUAAAAAUAUAAAAAAGCUUUGUUCGAAUAUCAAUAUGUCUUUAACUAUUAUACCUCGAUAUUUUCUUUAUUUUAAUCAUUAAUACAAAGUCCUUAGAAUCAUUGUAAUAUAAAUUUAUGCAGUGGUACAUUAAAAUCACUUGUAUAUGGUAAUUAGUGAGAUUAGAACCAGUGGCGCCAAGAGGCCGGGGAAACCGGGGAAACUGCCCCGGGGCCCGGGCCUGGCAGGGGCCCUGGAUAACUAGAUAAAAUAUAAUAAAAUAUAAGUAAAUAAAAAUGAUUAAACGUAUACAUUCGUCCAGUAUCAUUCAUGUGUUUUUCCCAUGAGGAUUGUAAAUAAAGCUGACCGUAUA